UGGGGCCAAAUAGCCGAAUUUGCUCUCUUUUACGAAAGAAAACAAAAAAAGUGCUUUUGGCGCAAAAGCAGAAGCUACUAAUUUCCUCUGUGCGGUGGGUCAUAUAUGGCUGAAGGUGAGAGCUUGACGGAAUCAUCUUCUGACCCGAAUCCGAAUCCGAAUCCGAACCCGGACCCGUGUUCAAUUUGUCUGUCAUCGGUCACUCAAGAUUCAUACUUAGACAAAUGUUUCCAUAAAUUUUGCUAUAACUGCAUCAUAAGAUGGAUUAAUGUAGUUGCAAGCAAGCAGUCUUCUGCGUCUUCAACAGUGACGUGUCCUAUGUGCAAGACAGAGAACUUAUCCAUUAUAUAUGGAUACGAUGGAACUUAUUUUCAACGGCAUUAUGUUGGUAAGAGUCUCGAGAAUAGUGAAUUCUUUUCGGAAGCCCACAGAUACAGAUUGAAAUGUUACUACACUGAACCCGGUGAUCUAGCUGAUAAACUACAAGUGCCACGUUAUUGGAAGUUCCGUAAGUAUAUACAGCACAAUCAUUUUCUAGGUGACUGGCUUAGACGGGAAUUUCAGGCUCUAAUUCAGGUAGAGGAUGUCGACAUUAUCAUGCAUCAUACGCUCGGUGUGGUUGACUCGUUGAGAAGAGAUUGGUUAAAAGACCCUAAAAUUUCAACUGAAAAGGUACGACAAGCGUUCAGAGCGUCAAUUUAUGAAGCAGUAAGACCUUUCUUAACAGGUAGAACCGAAAGGUUUGUAAAUGAGUUAGAACUAUUUGUGGGGUCCGGCAUGAAUAUCGAGGCCUUUGAUAAAGUCUAUAUUAAGCAUUUAGGUUGGAAAUUUCUUGAAAUAAACGAGAAUGAGCAUGAUGAUGAACCAUCGAAUGAGAAUCAUACGUCAGCUGUUCCAUACUUGUACAUCCUUGAUGAAGAAUCUGAUGAAAACUGAGUGUUUAAUUUGCUUUGUAAUGAAAUAAUCUAUUUUAUGAUGGCUUUCAUUGUGAGUUGAUUAUUUUUA